CCGAGCCUCCUGGCUCUGAGACACUCCUUGAUGCCGUGCUUCGGACCCUCUACGACCUGGGUGAGCGUGGCUCCCGAGAAGAGGCGGCCGAGGACGGCGGGACCCCGGGCCACCUGGGGUCAGCCCGGGUCACCCGAUCUCCUGGUGCCACGCCGGCCGGCUGGCCUUACCCCUGCGGUGCCUCCCUCUCUGAGACUUUCUCACCCACAUCUUGGCCGACCUUUCGCUCUCUUUCUCACUGUGCGGAAAAGAAAAAUCAGAGCGUGUUACUAAAGACAGGCACAUUGGCAAAAGGACUCGCAGGCCGAAGAGCUCACAUGUAGAUUGCCUGACUUUUAGAACCAAACACGUUGCAAACGCUGCAUUAUGUAUGUUUUGGAGCGGUUACUCAAAAUUCUAAGCUCAUUUACACGGUUAAAGACAUAGCUUAGAAUGAAGAAGAACGUACCGGGUGUACAUGCAUGCUUUCGUGUGUUCCCAUUUACUGUCAGAGCAACGCUUACAUAUCCCUACAUGGAUCUCUUUGUUACAGGAAACAAGCACCAAUAGCUAACGGAGCCUGUUAAAGGUUACCCUUCAGAACUCGGAUCUCAAGGCCUAGGGCCUAAUAUCACAUUUUGCGCUGUGUUGACUUGACCUGUAUAGAUAGGUUCUCUGUGUCCAUGGAGUGGAGGACAGACAAAACUUGACCUUCGACUUUCACAGGAGAGACAGAAGGUAAAAAAGAGCAUAAAAGGCUCAGAAAGCGGAGCACAAAGAAGAGAGACAUGGGAACAGUAGCAGAUGUGACAGCAGAGUCACUGCCUCUGCCUGGAGCUCUUGCAAGAGGCCAGAGGAAGAGUGCUUCCAGCUUUUUCAAGGAACUCAAAGAAGAGCUGCACUCUGCUCCUGCUGUCCCCUCAGCUCCCCCUUCAGGACCAGAAGCCCCUGCCGCAACUGCAGCAUCGCUGUCUCCCCUAAAGAACAACAGCAAGCUAGUGGAAGUGGUGGAGUUUCAAAGCAAAAGUAAAAAGAGAAAACCGAAAUCAGAUCAAGAGGAGCACACAAAGAAUAAAACAAGGGCCCUUGAAAAAGAUUUGGGUAUUCAAGAAUUUAACCUAGAAAAGGCUCGUUUGGAAGUACACCGCUUUGGGAUCACAGGCUACGGCAAAGGAAAGGAGAGAGUCCUGGAACGGGAGCGGGCUAUCAUGCUGGGGGCUAAGCCUCCGAAAAAUAGUUAUGUGAAUUAUAAGGUUUUACAGAAACAAAUCAAAGAGAAAAAGGCAGCGCUGGAGGAAGAAAAGAGAUUGGCCCAGGACACAGACAUUUUCAAGAGAAAGAAGAGGAAAAGACAGGAGGACAGGAGAUCCAGGAAGUCGGCUCCCAGCAUUUUGUCAAAUGGACGAGUUGGACAAGUUGGAAAAUUCAGAAAUGGGACAUUGAUUCUAAGCCCCACUGAUAUCAAGAAAAUAAAUUCUUCCAGGGUAGCUAAAUGAUGUACUUUGUCAGCACCAGAGAGGAGUGGGAACAAGUGACCAUGCUGUAGACUUUCACGUUCCACAGGAUCCUUUUUCAUUUGAGGAGCAAGACUGAUAAAUAGGGUGGUGACCCUGCUGAGUGCCAGCCAGUGCCCAGGCCCCAUUCCCAUGGGCUGUAGAGGUCAGUCUCUGCAGUUGGUGACCCUGCUGAGUGCCGGCCAGUGCCCAGGCCCCACUCCCAUGGGCUGUAGAGGUCAGUCUCUGCAGUUGGUGACCCUGCUGAGUGCCGGCCAGUGCCCAGGCCCCACUCCCAUGGGCUGUAGAGGUCAGUCUCUGCAGUUGGUGACCCUGCUGAGUGCCGGCCAGUGCCCUGGCCCCACCCGUGUCGCGCACUUGGCUGUAGCCCACUUUUCGUGGUUUUCCUGUCUCGUGAGUGUCUGUGUUUGACAUUAAAGUGCCUCUGGGCUUUGACUGACA